GAACAUCAGCGCUCUAGUGGCAAUACCUGACGUGAAAAACGUAAAUAUUGUUGUUGACGCGGUUGUUUAAGGUGUGGGAGGCGCUGAAAUGGAAUACCACUUUGGCACAAAUAAACGGAAAACUUUUCCGAACGCGAAUGAGGCAAAUGAUGCAACAAAUUUGAAAUACAAAAAGAAGUAUAAUGCUAUUAAAAGAGUAAUAAAAGAUUUAGUGUUUGAAAAUGCUGCCUUAUGCGACCAAGUCUCCCAGAUGCAGGAACAGAUCGUAAUUAGAAAGGAAGAAAGAAGAUUUUUGUUGAAGAAACUUUAUCAUCUGCAGACAAUUGCAGAAGCUGACAGUCAAAUACAAGCUCCAAAAACUCAGACUUCAGGUGUGAAUUCACCUUCUCCUGCUCUAGAAACAAACACCUCUGGGAAAAAAAUCUCAGGAAAGAAGAAAUCCAUAGAAAUUAUUGAGAGCUGGAAGGGCAGUCUGAAGCAAAAGAAGUCAAGUUUGAACAAAACAAAAAAGAUUGUACAACCUAUUCCAUUAGAUAUGACAGGAAGACCAGUGUUUCCAAUAGUUCUCGGAGGACUCACAGUGCAUAGUUUGGGUGAGGUUGUGUCUGAUAGACCUGAUUAUCAUACAGAAGAGUUCAUUUUUCCUGUGGGUUUUUGCUCAACAAGAGUUUAUGGGAGCCUUCUAGACCCAGAAAAGAAAUGUGUGUACACUUGCAAGGUUCUUGAUGGAGGAACAUUACCCAGGUUUGAAAUUGUGCCAGAUAAUGAUCCAGGAGCCCCUCUUGUUGGCAGCUCUGCAAGUGAAUGCCACUCAUUGCUAUUACGCCGCAUCAAUAUGGCUGUUGGAAUUGAUGUAGUCAACACCCAGGGCAGGGGCCCUGAUUUCUUUGGAUUCGCACAUCCAACUAUUCAGAAUCUUAUACAAAGUUCACCUGGCACUAGAAAAUGUUCGGCAUACAGAUGGAGCAAAUUUGAGGUUAAUCGGGCAAUUGAACCACCACCUGAGGAUAAUGAUGCAUCUCUCAGUUUUGAUGCUCUUCAGCGAAGCAUUGGCUUCUCCAAGACUGUUGUAAAGACUGAACCCUCAGAGCAGCUUUUACGGGAAUCAAGUGCUACUCUUAGAGACUUAUUGAUGUCUUGAUGGAAUCUAAAUGUUUACAGAGAGAAUGGACAUUUGAUAUUCAGAUUAAAUGUCAAGAAAUAUUAAUUUAAAUAGUUAACUUUGUGUAUAUUACACACUCAAUACAUCGACAUUGUUCAUGACUGUACUCAAGAAAUAUGACAUGAGGCGAUGCAGUUGAAUCCUAAUUGCAACAUGCAUUUCAUGGUGUAAUUUAUAUCUGCUAUGUCCAUAGCAUUUUAUGCAAGUGAUUGCAUAUAAUGAAAUAAAAAAAAGGGUUUUGGUGCUGUAAAUGUCAAAGGAAGAAAGUGCAAGCCAACAUUUACGUGACCUGAGUGAAAUACAUAUGACUCUUAAUAGCAUCAGGGAACUACCUGUAUGUAUGCAAAAACUGCUGUCUCUUGCCAACCUAAUAGAUACAGCAUGGAAAAGAGUGAUGAGUUUGUGAUUUUGUUGGUAAGGAACCAGAGAUCAUGAGUCAUGGAAAUGACAGAACAGCCAGUUUUUAAACUAAGUUUGUGCUGGAAUACUAAGAUAACAGAUGAGAUGAAAUACAGCAGGAAAUUUGAUGAGGAUACAGGAAGGAGUGACUAAGAGUAUUCCGCAAAAUGAAUAGAAAGAUGCAAAAAAUAAUUGCACGGAGUAUGAUUGGAUUAUGUAUAGAUGUUAAUUUCCGGUUGUGAAAAUAUAUGCUUAAGGUUAAUGACUAAAUGAUAUGUAUACACUCCACCAUCUUGUUAAUUUAUUCUUUUAUCAGCAUUAAACAUUAAAUUUGAUUGGUUUUAUGGCUCAACAGAAUGCAAAGCUAAUAACUGAUACUUUGUGAGUGUCUAUUGAAAAUCUAGUGAAAAAGUAUGACAUUACUUUACAUUACAUUACAUUUUUAUUGGUCCUUUUGAUCAUUUGUUGUACAAGGUGUACAAUAUGACAUUGGACAAGUCAUUGUGAUUUACGAUACAUGUUUUUAAAUCAUUCAAGGGUAUUUACAUUGAUUCAGGCUUAAUAUUAUCACAACUGAAGGUUCAGCUUCCAUACAUUAUAUUUAACCUUGGCAAUAAAUUUUUAUGUUUCGAGAUAUUCAUCAAUACUAUAAUAACAUUUUUACAAUAAAUAUUUAUGGACAGCAGUUUUAAAUUUUGAAGUGUCUUUUAUUGUUUUAAUGUUUGUAGGUAGCUUACUGUAUAGCCUGUUUCCUGUUUGCAGUAGUCCAUUCUGUUUUAGUGUUGUGUGUGCAUGUUGAACAUGUAUGUCCUGUUUUCUCCUUGUGUUAUACAGGUGGAUACUCUUUUCUAAGAUUUUCCUUACAAAUAUGAUUACUUGUAAAAUAUACAGACAUGGUAGUGGAAGGAUAUGUAGCUUCUUGAAUAAGGGCUUGCAUGAGCUUCUUGAUGCAGCAUUUUCUAUGGCUCUUACAAUUCUCUUUUGGCAUAUAAAACAACUUUUCCUAGCAGAUGCAUUUCCCCAAAAGAUUAUGCCAUAUCACAGUAAGGAUUCUGCCUGGGCGAAGAAUACAUCUUUUAGUGUCUCUUUCGUUGUGCAAUCAGAAAGAAUUUUGAUAGUAUAGCAAAUGGGAUUUAAUUUAUUUGUAAUGUAUUUUGUAUGUUGGACCCAUCUUAGAUCUUCUUGGAUCCAUAUCCCAAGAAAUUUUGUAGAACUUACAUUUUUGAGGGUUCUAGUAAACAACUCUAUGUAUGGUGCUUGUGGACAUUUAUUUUGCACUGUGUGUAUAUGCAGUGUAACUGUUUUUUCUGUGUUUAUUACUAAGUUGUUUCCAGAAAACCAGUUGUAAGUGGGUGGUACAAUUUUUAAUCUCAUGUAGUAAUUCUUCUUUGGUCCUUCCUUUUAUUAUCACAUUUGUGUCAUCCGCAAAUUUUAUGUAAUUAUGGCAUGGGCUGGUCAGUUCCAAGUCAUUUUCAAAGCGUAGAAACAGAACUUGUUCUAGAAUGGAGCCUUGUGGUACACCAUACUUGAUGCUCUGCUUUUCUGAGCAGUAGGACUUUAUCUUGUUCCCAUCUUGGAUAGUAAGCUCAACUAAUUGCUCUCUGUUUUUGAGAUAUGAUUUUAUCCAUUCAUAGUCCGGGCCCCUAAUACCUACAGAUUCUAGUUUCUGAGGCAAGAUGUUGUGAUUGAUGACACAGAAUGCUUUAGAGAGGUCUAGAAAUAUGGCUGAGAUAUGUUUUUUAUUGUCUAUUGCAUUUAAGGCUUCAUUUAGGAAUGCAAUGAUAGCUGUCUCAGUAGAUUUAGAUUUUCGGAAUCCAUGUUGAGUAUUGGAGAAAUAAUUAUUUUUUUCUAUGAUACUGAUUAGUCUUUUAUAAUAGAUUUUUUCAAUUAUUCUGGAAAAACCAGAUAACUGUGAGAUUGGCCUGUAGUUUGAUACUCCUGUUUUCACCCUUUCUUGAACAGGGGCCUUACUUUUGCUAUCUUCAAUUUUUCUGGGAACACCCCUUCUGAUAGAGACCAGUUACAGGUGUUGACAAGUGGCUUGGCUAUGAGGGGAGCACUUUCCUUCAAGAUAUAGUCAGGGAUAUUGUCAGUACUAAAAGAGAAUUUGGGCUUCAGUUCUUUGAUAUAUUAAGUAUUUCCUUUUCAUUGGUGGGGUAUAGAAAAAUAGAUUUGUUAUUUAUAGUAUAUCUGCAUUGAUUUAUUGGAAUACACUGUAAAUUUUGAUUUAUAAGAUGUGCAGCUAUCUUUGUAAAGGAGGAAUUAAAUUUAUUUGCAAUUUUUGUAGGUUCAGUUAUCACAGUUGAGUUCUCCAUUAGGCAGUUAAUGUUAUGGAAGUCUAAUCUGUUCUACUGCAGUUUCUUUCCUGACAAUCUUUCGUCUUAUUGGUGGAAUUUUUUAUGUGUGUGUCAUUUGCCAUUAUUUUUGCUUCUUUGACAACAUUUUUGAAUAUCUUUUUAUAGGUUUUGUAAUAAGAGUCAAAUUCUGGUGAUUUGAGUUGUUUGGACAAUCUGUGCAGUAAUCUGUUUUUGUUUGAAGAUACUAGAACCCCAGGAGUAAUCCAUUUAUUUUUUGUUUUCCUUCUGUAUGUUUUCCUCUGGGUUGGAGGGAAGCACAAGUUCAAAA